UUUGUGCUAUAAUACACACCCCCCCCGAACAGUCAAGUUCACCCCCCGCCCGCCCCGAUCAUCGCGAACAAAGAGUGGAAAAUUUCCGUGCCAGCUGAAAAACCCUUUGGCCGUUUUUUAUCAGGUUUAUCGGGCCCGUAACGCUGCGGCCCCACCGUAACAACCGGAUUCCUAAGUAUCCCCCACUUGGAUGGGAGUGAGGCGUAGUAUGCCAGUGAACUGUGCCAACAAGGACUGUCUGGGUCUCAGAAAGCGAGUGUGUGGCCUGCACCAAACCUGGAAGUGGCUCCAUCAGACUCCCGCUCUGCACGAAUACCUCAUCUCGGCCAGUUCCGUGGCUGCAAACACAUCCCGAUUCGGCCAGACCGCCACAGUCUAA